AUGUUAUACUUAACUAUAUUUUUUGGUAUUAUCAGUAUAGCCAUAGACACAGCAGAGACAGCAGUUUUAGAAGUUGAAAACAAGAACAUUACUGAAAAUGGAAGCAUCGAUCUGCUUAGAGCGGCAGUGCUUAAAAGCAUUUUUCAGCAUAAUGGCACAGUCAUUUUAAGAGGUCGACAAAAUGUAAACGGGAGUUUAAGCGAUUCACGACGUUGUUCCUGUGUUCUGGGUGUUUGCAAAUGUUGUACUGGGUACAUAAUGGAUUUAUUGAAUCAAAAAGCAUGUAUGAAAGUGACAUAUCAUCCUGGAGACUUCGCGUUUGAUGUUGCUAUGUCAAUGAAUAAUAGGAUUCUGUAUGAAAAUUCUUUGUCAGGCAAAAAUCCAAAACCUAUUUGCAUUCAUCCUCCGAGGCUAACAAAUUUGAGAGUGUGUGCAAAAUUUUACAACGUUUUCUUCCCCGGAAGAAACUUUCACUUUUGUCUAGCGAUGACAGGACAAUGGAGGUCGGUCGAGCUCUUUAACAUGGCGUUUGAUUGCUUGAGAAUGGGUGCAAACGGUUUAGCUAUGGUAAAGCCUGAUGAAAAUGGAGGCAUACCUAUACCAGAUCCUCAUGGAGGUGUAGACGCCGUCAUUGACGCAGGAGAAGAUAACAUCGAAGAAUACGACGAUAAUGUAGUACGAUCGCUCUUAGACGAUUUAUUUGAUGAUGAUGACGAUGAACGCUAA